ACUGGUCAUCUGCAAUCAUUUUGACCAUGCAGAAUGCUUGCAAACAUUUCACAAAUUUAACCAGAAAGUACUCGCUUUUUGGGCGCUCUGUCCUUCGAGGAAGAAGCUAUGGCUUUGAAAAACGAUUUGCAAGGUAUAUAAUGAGCUUGUUUAGGAGGAAAAUAGCAUAAUUCGAGUUCUAAUAUUGACGAUAAUUGGGAUUUAAUAGUGACUUCGAGUAUCACACUUUUAGUCAGUUCUUGAAGUACCUUUACUCAAGAACAGUGUUUAAUCUUCAUGGUAUUUACAUAAAGAUUUAACAUAAAGUUACAACUUUUCACAAGUUGUUGAGGCAAUAAUGUAGUAAAACCGAAGUGCAUACAUUUAUCGAUCUGCGGAGUAAAAACUCGGGGUGGGUGUGCUUGAGGGUGUGCUUGCCACCAUUGACAAAUCUGAGCAUGAAAAUGAAUAUUUCACAAUAAUUAUACCAAUGCAAAAUAAGCAAUUUUACCAUAGUAGCCCAUUUGUGAAUGCAUACUCGAUUUAAGAACAUGUAAUUACACAGCAUAAAAACACCAUUAGUUGGGUAUGAUAAACUGUAAAGUACCAUGAUGUGAAAUGUCCUAGAUUUUGAAACAUCUAGCUGUAUUUAGAAAAUUCCUGCAAUGGUAUUUACAAAUAUAUUUAUGUUGGUAAUUCCAAGGAAAUUAUCAAAUGCAGUGCGAACUGCAGAUAAUGAUGUUGAAGUUCCAUCGUCCAGUCAGGUAGUCAUUUGUGGUGGUGGGGUUGUCGGUUGUGCUGUUGCAUAUCAUUUAGCAAAACUUGGUUGGACUGAUGUUAUCCUCUUGGAACAAGGAAGGUAAGCACUAUACCCUUCUGGAAAGCAUGUCAUUUUGGCUAUAGCAGCCUUAAUUGUUUUUGUGUAUGUCAGAUCAGUUAAAGUCUAACAUCUCAAUCACAAAAACAACGCUCUAUUAGCCAUUCCGAAGUUCAUGAGUGGACUGGGGACAAGUGUUAAAAAGUGCCCAAAUCAAGAAAUGAAUCAAAUCACUAAAAAGACCACCUCAAAAUUAGUAAGUAUACAAAGUUUGAAGACGUUUACAUGAAUAUCCUUCGAAUAAUAAGCUUUCGAAAAUUGUGAUAUUUACUAUGAAAUGUAUUGUAAUUUUUGUUUUGGAGAUGCGCGUCCCAAAAACAAUAUUUUAAUUAAUCAGUAAUUUCACGAUUUUCGAAAGCUUAUUAUUCGAAGGGUAUUCAUGUAAACGUCUUCAAACUUUGCAUACUUACUAAUUUUGAGGUGGUCUUUUUAGUUAUUUGGUUGAUUUCUUAAUUUGGGCACUUUUUAAUACUUGUUCCCAGUCCUCUGAUCAACUUUGGAAUGGCUAAUAGUCAAGAUGAUAUACUUCCUGAAGCGUAUAUUGGGAGUCUAUAACGAUCAGGUAGUUGACCCCUUUGCUCCACAGUUCAACCAUCCUCAUUGCUCUUUGGCAGGCCUUAUAUCAAGAUGAGAGUCUGAUACAUAAUUCAUAGAAUCAUAGAUUAACCAAAUUAUCCUGACAUCAGCUGCUUGUUAACCCAUUAACCCUUUAAGUGGCAACGUGCCCUUAUGAUUUCUACUUUAUUAUUUUACUCUGUCUAACACCAGACAAUUUUACUCAUCAAGGGGAGAGUGCUGCGACUGAAUGGGUUAGAAGGAAUGCCUCAUUGUAUGUAAUAUAUACUGUGUCUAACAACAAAUGAUUUAUAUCCAUUACUAUAAAAUACAAGACUCUAUAGCCAAAGUGAUGUACUUUCCAGCGAGAUGUAUUUUACUCACGGGAAGAGCCUUGAGCAUUAAUUUUAAAAAUCUAGUUUGGCAUGUGGUACAACAUGGCAUGCUGCUUCUCUUAUUGGUGGAAUGAAAAACCAAUCUGUUGAGACCAAGAUAGCGAGUUAUGGUGUUGAGUUGUACAGUCAAUUGGAGGAAGAGACUGGCCUGGGAACUAGUAUGUGCACUACUCUCUCUUAUAUUCUGUUUCAUGGUUCACUUUUUUGCCUUGUGCCCCCAGCUGAAUGCAACAAGAUAGAAAAUUUUUACGCUGGCAAUUUCAUAAACGUCGGGCAAUUUAUGGCCGCCUCCCCAUUGUCUUUCUUGCUCAUAUGUCUAUGCAUUUUACAAUUAUGACAUUAUAGACUCAUAGGGCCCCCCUAGGAACGUUUUGUCCUGGGCCUCGCACAACCUCCUGGUGGUUCUGAGCACAAUAAAAUGAAGUACCAAAUGAAAACAUUAUUUUGUUGCUAUGUACUACAUUUUUCAUUCAUGUCAAACAAUAUUUGUUUUUGUAAGGCUGGAAAAAUUGUGGCAGUCUUUUAAUGGCCCGAAAGGAGGAUCGAUUAACGUUCUUAAAACGACAGCAUGGGAAAGCAAGGUAGAGUCAGAAUGGAUUCAAAAGUAAAUAUAAAGUGAAUUAAAUUUGGUAACUUGUGCUUGAUGUGCUUGUAAAUUACAGAGCUUUUGGUAUUGCAAGUGAAUUUAUUUCCCCAUCUGAAGCUGGAGAAAAAUGGCCCAACAUGAGGAUUGAUGAUCUUUUGGUAAGAAUAAAAUUCUUGGGUUUCAGUCACAUGAUAUUUUAGCACAAUUUGACUCACUGAACUGAAGGCAAUCAUUGAACUGAGAUCAACUAGAAAUCAAAUGGCUGUCAACGCAUCUUAUGUAAGCCAAUUAAUAAAACUGACACAGACCCUCGACCCAUACGUGACAUGAUAUGAAACUCAAGAAUUGUAAGGGAAUACACCCAUACCUGUUCCCCCACUUGUAGAUCUGCACAUGAUUUUUAGCAUUACAAAAUAUUAUUAACCCAUUGAGUGCUGCCAUCAUUCUGCCCUUGAUGAGUAAAAAUUGUCUGGCGUUAUGCGGAGUAAAUUAUUUUUACAUCAAUCAUAAUUACACUUAAAGAUGAGAUAGUACCAUUGUUACAACUAUUUUAGGGUGUUUUGUGGUUUCCUAAUGAUGGUGUAGCAAUGGGGAGUGACAUCACUCAAUCAUUAGCGAAGGGUGCAAAAAUGCAUGGUAAGAUAUUUCCUAGAAUUUCCUUUCAAAUCUCGUCACCCAAGUUGACUGUUUAAAGUACAAUGUUGUCUGUCCGUCAUCCAAGUUGACUGUUUAAAGUACAAAGUUGACUGUUUAAAGUACAAUGCUUCCAGUUUGGUAGCGUGCAUCGCAGACUUUCUAUAUAAGUAACGUCUGUGACAUUCAGGCUACCAGUUUGGCAGAGCAUUAGAAAUUCUUUUCAAAAUUAAAUUCAAGUAUAUUUUCCAUGGUUCUACAGGUGUCAAAGUUGUUGAAGGCAUUGCAGUACAAAGCAUUGAGACGAAAAAUAACGCCGUCUCAAGCGUAACUACAGAUAAAGGAACAAUUGAUUGUGAAAUCUUUGUUAACUGCGCAGGACAGGUAUACAUGAUGAUAAAACUGCUGUGCUGAGCGGUACGUUAUAUUGUUUGUUUUUUAAGGUAGUAAUAUAACCACUCAGCACAGCAUUUUCACAAUGGUACUACAGUCCUUGAAACUCGGGUCGGCAUUCGGCAGUGCCGAGCUAAAUGCCGACCUGCAAAGCGAUAUGUGUAGAUUUAGGUCGGCAAAAUUUUGCCGACCUACUUUCAAACACGUCUCGGCAUUGUUUUCCGCGAACGUAUCUUUCAAAUACGCAUUUUCAACGAUGAUGUUUUAAUUAUCAGGUUUUGAUCAUUAGCUUGCGUAGUCACAUUGCAGUUUCAUUGUUGAAAACUUUGAAAAGUAAACAUCGUGUUAAAAUCGUCCAGCUUCAAGAUUUAAGCGAAAGUAUAUGGUAAUAAAGUAGUGUACGGUCUGUCACAACAUUUGGUCACAACAUGCACUGUUCGAUUAGAGUUCAUAAAUUUUGUUAGUUGUUGAUUGCAAUUGAUUGCUGAUUGCAAUUUAUUGCUGUUUAUAAAUACACGUAUUUGCAGCAAGCAAAUUAAAUUUUCAUUUGGAUAUUUUCUAUUUGUUUUGAAAAUAUUUGCCGACCUAGAUUGAGAAUUAUCGCUUUUAGGUCGUCAAUUUCUUGCCGACCUGAAAUUUCGGGAGUUUCAAGGACCUAUAUAUACGCUGGUACGGACAGUUUUAGUAUACAUGAUGAUCGUAGUUUCUUCUUUUUUUAUGUAGUGGGGAAGAGAAGUUGGUCUGGUGAGUACUGUAUUUGAUUCGCAUGUUUCAGUAUUCAGUAUGUGGUCAACUUCGAGGUGCCUACGAUUUUAACGUCCUUAUCCGAGAAAACGCGAAAGUCUUUAUACCAUUACCCCGCCAGCCGGCAGGCCUAUAUGGCCGGCUGUGCAAUUUUUCUUGGUCCUUUAUUGGACUGAUAUUUCCCUGAAUAAAAAGUAAAAGAAGACGAAAAUGUCUAAUCAUUUACUGAUGUCAUUGUAAAGAUAGCACUUUCUCCUCAGUUAUCAGUUUAAGACGUUGAGUACAAGUCCGACUAAGGAUUAAACCCGGAUCUUGAAAGGCAAGCGUGAUGACCAGGACACUACAAGUGAUAUUUCCAACUUCCCUGAUAAUGUAAACAUUAGAAACUAAGUUGUGAAUGUGAAUGAAUUUUAUGCUAGCGGGAAUGAACAUCUGAUUAAGUCUGGGUCUGUCUUAUUCUUCAUUGCCAUGGUGCGUGCGCAUAUAUGUAAAUGAGCGACAAGCCUCCCACAUGCGUUGCGGUACAAUGACCGUAUAAAUACUGAUUUUGACAAAAAAUUCGGUAGCUUUGCGCAGUGGCAUUAUCGUAGCCGAUGAGGUUCAUCCGAGGCAAAAAAAAUAUUGAAAGCGCACGUUGUCGUCGUUUGGACGUCAGACUUGGAAUGGUAGAUGUCACCAGGAAGCGUAACUCUAGUCGUUUCCCUUAUUGUUUGACGUCCACGAAAAUUUUUAACUCGCUCACGUCAGGCCACGCCAUCCUGGCUAGUACAGCCGGAAGUUUUUAUCAGGAUUUGGUAGGUACAAAGUGCCGGUUGUACUAGCCAGGAUGGCGUGAUUGAUGACGAAUCGCUUGAAAAACGCGGACAAAUAUUUGCUCGAGUUACGCUUCUGGUAUAACUUCCUAUUCUGUGGCCCUGAUGUCACCUACUCCCAUUGCGCCAUCCCCCCGGUCAUGUGACGUACUGACGUCAGAAUACCUGGUUCCCAAGUUGCUAACCUUGGUUAUUGCAUAACCUCAUUUAGUACACAAAUACAAUAUAUAUCAAGACCGGCUUUUACCGGCUUUUUUUGCUAUGCUUAAAUUUUGGCAUUAGCAUAAUUUUCUAAAACAUAAAAAGCCUACAAAUCGCGGUCAAACUAAAAGUCAAUGUCAACAUUGCAACACAAUUUUUCGGUAAAUUAAAUUCUUAAAAAACUUUAAGUGAACAUAAUUGUUUUCAGAAUUUUUAACCCUGUCAGCAUAAUUGAUUUAUAUUACUAACACUUUUUUAUAAACCCAAUAAGAAGUGUCUUUUCAAAGCGGGCAAAAACGUUUCUUUAUAUACAUUGCAUUAAAGUUCUCAGUUUACUUUUUUCAUGCAUGGACAAAAAUGUCUUGCUGAUAUUUCAACAACGUCUAGUUCAUGUAUGAACUAUAGCUGUUUACCGCAAAAUUUACGGUUAUAAUGAUAUAUAGUAUAUAAUUUAUGAUUUUUACCAAUAGAAAAUCGGCUUUUUUGUUAAAACAUGGUUUUUCGGCAUGGUAUUGACAUGGUCGUACAUGAAACGACUGUUACUGUUAGCCAUUAAUUUAGUAUGCAGGAAGCGCGGAAAAAAUGUUUCGACUUGUAUUCCCUUUUCCUAGGUGAAAAUCUUUGCCUGAAAUUUUGCACAGUUAUUAACAAAGUUAUGGAAAAUCGAUUUUUAUUAAAACGAAGACCGGCUUUUUUGUUUAAAUACAACUUUUCGGCUUGGUUUUGCCAUGGUCUCACUCGAAAGGACAAGGUCAAUGUAGCCAUGUUUGGCCAUGAAACUCAAACCGCGGAAAAAAUAUUUUUAUUUAUAUCUUUUUUCCUAGGUGAAAAACGUGGCCUAAAAAUUUUCACAGUUGUUGAUAAAGUUAUUGAAAAUCGAUUUUUAUUAAAAAGAAAACCGGCUUUUUUGUUAAAACAUGAUUUUUACCUGGUUUUAACCUGGUCUCACAUGAAACGACAAAGGCAAUGUCAGCCAUUUUUACUCAUGAAACACGAAGCGCGGAAGAAAAUGUUUCGACUUGUAUCUUCUUUCCUAGGUGAAAAACUUGGCCUAAAAUUUUGCACAGUUAUUAAUAAAGUUACUGAAAAUCGAUUUUUAUUAUAAAGAAGACCGGCUUUUUUGUUAAAACACAGCUUUUUGCCUUGAUUGGCCAUGGUCUCACUAGAAAAAACAAGGUCAAUGUAGACAUGUUUGGUCAUGAAAUUCAAACCGCGGGAAAAAUAUUUUUAUUUAUAUUUUUUUUCCUAGAUGAAAAACUUUGCCUAAAAAUUUGCACAGUUGUUGUCAAAGCUAUUUAAAAUAGAUUUUUCUUAAAAAGUAGACCGGCUUUUUUAUUAAAACAUGAUUUUUUCACCUAGUUUUGACCUGGUCUCACAUGAAACGACGAAGGUACUGUCAGCCAUUUUUACUUAAGAAACACGAAGCGCGGAAAAAAUGUUUCGACUUGUAUCUUUUUUCCUAGGUGAAAAACUUGUCCUAAAAUUUUGCACAGUUUAAUAUAAAGUUAUUGAAAAUCGAUUUUUAUUAUAAAGAAGACCGGCUUUUUUGUUAAAACACAGCUUUUUGGCUUGAUUGGCCAUGGUCUCACUCAAAGGACAAGGUCAAUGUUGACAUGUUUGGCCAUGAAACUCAAACCGCGAAAGAAAUUUUAUUUAUAUCUUUUUUCCAGGUGAAAAACUUUGCCUAAAAAUUUGCACAGUUGCUGUCAAAGUUAUUUAAAAUUGAUUUUUCUUAAAAAGAAGACCGGCUUUUUUGUUAAAACAUGAUUUUUUUACCGGCACUGUCAGCGAUUUUUACUCAUAUUAAAAAUACAAAUAUCCGUUUCAACCACUUUAUGUCUUUAAAAGUGCACUGACCUUUUCAGGCUCACUUUACAAUAUUCCCUCUUGACUGUAGCAUAAACUUUAAGUACAUAAACCUCUCAUUCCAUAUAGUUCAUCCCAGAGGUAAAUCAUUUUGGUGUUCAUUUGCAAAUGAGUUUCAACUAGGCCAUGACCAUGUUUCUUAUUUUAACUCUUGCCGUGUCUUUCUUUCCAAAUGUUGAUAUUCGAAUGAGAAUUUCCAAUAUUCGAAAAUCUACGGGGGGUCCGCGCGUCACACAUAGAUCAGGGGCGUCAUUGCCGUUUCCACGCCCGUGUUUUACAGCGCCCUGAAAACUUAUACCAAUAUCACGCCAGACUGCCUGUAUGGCCGGCUAUGCAAUUUUUCUUGGUCCUUCAUUGGACCGAUAUUUCACUGAAUAAAAAUUAAAAAUUUUAUGGACAUGAAUAGAACUUUUAUUAUAUAAAGUAUAGUGUUUUAUAGAGAUUUCGAGCACUGAUAAAGUGAUAUUUCCAACUGCUCUGAUAAUGUAAACAUUAGAAACGAAGUUGUGAAUGUGAAUGAAUUUUAUGGUAGCGGGAAUGAACACCUGAUUAAGUCUGGGUCUGUCUUAUUCUUUAUUGCCAUGGUGCGUGCGCAUAUAUGUAAAUGAGCGACCAACCUCCCACAUGCGUUGCGGUUAGAUCGGCGAUAUAAACACUAAUUUCAACAUUGCUCAGUAGCUUUGCGCAGUGGCAUUAUCGUAGCCGAUGAGGUUCAUCCGAGGCGCGAUUAUUGCUGAUUGAAAACUUAUACCAAUACCCCGCCAGACGGCCUAUAUGGCCGGAUGUGCAAUUUUUCUUGGUCCUUCAUUGGACCGAUAUUUCACUGAAUAAAAAUUAAAAGCGAAAGACUAACCAUUUACUGACGUCAAUGUAAAGAUAGCACUUUCUCCUCAGUUCUUUUAAGACCUUGAGGUCCGACCAAGGACUGAACCCAGGUCUCCUAGCUUGAAAGGCAAGCGUACUGACCAAGACACACAGUUCUUAAAAAGACACGAGUUCGAUGUUUUUACAAAAAAUAAUGAUGCCACAAAGAAAAAAUUGUUCUUAAUUAUUUGACAGAAAAGCAAUCCUGUGGUGAACGUACCCCUUCAUUCCACUGAACAUUUCUACAUAGUGACUAAACCUAUGGAAGGUAUUGGUUCAAUGUUUCCUGUGCUGCGAGACCCUGAUGGUAGGACGUAUUAUAGGGAAUGGAAUGGUGGCAUCCUGGCAGGGGGGUUUGAACCGAAAGCCAAGCCCAUCUUUUAUGACAAAAUUCCUGACAAGUUCGAGUUUCAACUUUUUGCAGAAGACUGGGAUCAGUUCGGUGAGUUGACGCGACGUUUUAUAUCUGAAUAAAAAACAUAUUUCAAACGUGCAGGGUCAGUGUAACUGCCGUGGUUUAUGUCUGAACUAUAAAACGAAAACCAUCCGAAGAUUAACAUCUUCAAACCCAAGAUAUGAUCAAAACAAAACGAGAACGAGUCUGCGAUAUUUCGAUCAUCAUGAAUCCAUGAUGAUUUUGGAAGAUUUUGGAAUAAAAUCGAAAUGUCACAAACUCAUUAUCGUCUUGACUCAUAUCUUGGGUUUCAAGAUGAUAGCUAUAUCUUCGGAUGGUGUUUCGUUUUAUAUUUGUUAAGAUUGUCGACUGGUAUUAGUUUUUGGUAACCAUCAACAACCACUUUUUAGGUAGUUGAGAUACAAACCACAGCAAUACUGUUUGAUGAAACACAAAUCUUUUUAUUCUCGUUUUUUGCAGAGGUCCUCUUGAAAGAAAUUGUCCACCGUUUACCUCAGAUUGAAAAUGCUGAAAUACGUCAGAUGGUAAACGGACCAGAAAGUUUCACACCCGAUGGUAAAAUUCUCAUGGGAGCUGUGCCUGAGGUAUUGUGAAUUUGACAAUGGUACUAAGUACCAAAAUAAUGACAACGGCCAAAGGACUCGUAGAUAACUUGAAAUGCAUGAUUUUUCUGAGAAUUAUUUAUCUCCAGGAAUCUUUUUUCAGAUUGACAAUUACUACAUAGCUUGUGCUAUGAACUCGCAUGGUAUCGUUAGCGCAGCUGGCGUUGGCCGCGCAAUUGCAGAGUGGAUUGAGAACAAGGGACCAACAAUGGAUCUGGCAUCGGUAGAUAUCAGACGAUUCUCUCGUCACCAAGGCAACAAGACGUAUCUUCGGGAUACAAUUGGAUAUAUUGUAGGAUACCUGUAUGCUCUUCCGUAUCCCUUGAGUGAACCUCCAGCUGCGCGUAACAUGAAAUCUUCGCCACUUUAUGAUAUACUGCAGGCUCAAGGUGCCUCGUGGAGUCGCGUCAUGGGUUGGGAGUGUCCCGCGUGGUUUGCACGUGAUGGCGUUGGUAUGUAAUAUAUCAUACACGAAAAGGAAUUUAAGAAAAAUAUUAAAAAACGAGGCGCCUUUUACCUAAAAUGUGCGAUCUUGGGGUGCUGAGGAACAUUCGCCUUAGCAAGAAAAAUGAAGAUUUUUCAGAUUUGUCCUCACGACCUUUCUAAACGGCCAGUUUAUAUUAGAGACCUUACUAUUUUAGGACGGCAACGCGACGGCCAAAACAAACUCCUUCAAAUAAAUAGUAUGAAUUUAAUACAGUCUUAGAAGUUGAAGACAUGAGUUUUAUGGUUGGGAAGAGUUCUGCUAAACCCAGUUUGAAGUUGCACUUGUUGUGGCUUGGAAUGCAGCCGUUGUAUCAAGACGUGAAAAUCUGUGAUUUGGCGUUGUAAACAGAGCGAGGACAAUGUCUAAAUUAUUCAUAUAUUGUAAUUACUCAAUUCUUUUCAAUGAUCUAUUGUAUUGGUAGCCGUUGCCGUCCUAAAAUCGUAAGGUCUCUAAUAGUUUAUACAUGAAAACCGCAUAUAAAUUAGUAUUCUCCAGUUAUAAUCACUCCGCGUAUUUUCAGUUCUAAAAUGUUGUAUUUCGGCUGAUGAGAAAUAUCGUGACUCAAUCUUUACGACCGUUACGACCAUAUGGAAACCUGGCUUUAGGGCAUCAUUAUAUCAUACCUCUUUAUCUGACACUUGAGCUUGUGAAGUGUCGUUCAAUGUUCAAAUUUGACGUAAUGCAUACGGUCAAAUUUUCCAUUGGUUUUAGAUCCCAAAGACAUAAAUGAGACAUUUGGAAAACCUGAAUGGUUUGAUGUCGUAAGAGCUGAAGUAGAAGCCUGUACUUCUGGUGUAGCAGUGGCUGAUAUUUCUCCAACAUUGAAAAUAGAAAUAUCCGUAAGUAAAUUUGUUGAUCAAGAUGAGGGUUUUCCCUGUAAUAAUAAAUUACGUUUCUCGUUAGAAUGAUCCACAUGUCAGAAUUUACACAUACCAUUACACAUGGCAAAAAUCGUAUUUGGAGUUGGUGAUGUUAUUCUUCAUUCACCUUGUUAAUAUAAUCUUCUACAGGGCAGUUCAGCUGUGAACUUGUUGCAGUAUCUUUGUUCCAGUGACGUGGAUGUGUCUUCUGGCAGAGCUGUACGGACAUUGAUCAUGAAUUCUAACGGAGGAAUUGAGUCAUUUUGUACAGUUUAUAGACUGGCCCAUGAUAGGUAUGUUGUGGUUGGCUAUCAUCUUUGCUCAUUAGUAUGUCAUUCAUGCGUCUCAAAUGAAUAGGAUUCUGUUUCUUUAAUUUCAGGUUUUAUUUGAUUGAUUCCAUCACUCAGAUGACGAGACUACUGCAUUGGAUUUCCAAAUAUUCUAAGAAUUAUGAGAAUGUUACGGUGACCGACAUGACGUCACAUUAUUCAGGCUUGUCUCUGAUUGGCCCGGCUUCCACCGAACUUCUUCAGUCACUCACGCAGACGUCCCUUGACGUUGAAGAUUUCCCGCUUAAUACUGUCAAGGUAACUGUCCGUUGGAAAGCGAAACAAUGUUUAUCGCGCAAAUGCUAUGUUUUUUAUGCCGGAUUACAAUAUAAUUGACCAUUUGCGUAAUAGACAAAAUUUUGAUCUCAACAAGUCUAGACAAAAAUUUCAUCACAGCUUGAAAGAGCAUCACAAAAUUAGUAAUAUUCCAAAGUUUCGUUGCGUCAUGUUGUAAAAUGCGGACAAUAUAGCCUUGCGAAGUUAGCAAUUUUCAGUCAUUUUAGAUUACAAACGGGAAAUUGACAGCCUCAAAGGGUAUUGGGCUGUCAAUUUCCCGUUUGUAAUCUAAAAUGACUGAAAACUGCAAACUUCGCAAGGCUAUAUUAUCCGCAUUUUACAACAUUUUGCAACGAAACUUUGGAAUAUUACUAAUUUUGUGAUGUUCUUUUAAGCUGUGAUGAAAUUUUUGUCUAGAUCAAAAUUUAGUCUAUUACGCCAAUGGUCAAUUGGUUUUAGGGUUUGAAUUUUUUCAUUUUCUCUCCUUCACAGAGUAUUGACGUGGCGUAUGCUUCUGAUGUGCUUGUUGUACGAGGAAAUGAUGAUUGGAAAUUGUUCAUGCCUCCUGAGGUUGGAGUGACGACCUGUUUUAUUCGUUAAAAUUUAAUCUAAUUUUUUGACCUCAGUACUUUAACAAGACCAUGUGUUCAAUUUUGUGUAGUUUGUCCGGAAUGUGUAUCACCAAGUUGUGGAGAAUGGCAAGAAAUACGAAAUUAGAAAUGUUGGUCUUUAUGCUUUGAAUUCUCUGCGUAUCGAGAAAGGUAUUCCUGCCUGGGGCUCUGAGUUAAGUCACUCAAUCCUGCCUCAAAAUGCUGGCUUGAAUUCACUUGUAGAUCUUUCCAAGGUAAGUUUCGUUAUUUGAAUAUAUUAAGCCGACAGCAAACCAGGAAACAUUGUUUCCAAGCCAUGUUUCCCGAAUGUGACAUAUAGGAAACGUUGUUUCCUAGCCAUGGUUUUCGAAGGUUAUCAAAGCAAGGAACAAUCCUGCGUAAAUUUUAACUUUAUCAAUUUAGAAAACGGAAUUUAUUUCCGACCGAGGCAUUUUAUCAGAAGAUCCUUCCAAGCAACGGCUUGUCCACGUCACCAUGCGUUGCUAUGACGACGAUAAUUUUCCAUGGGGAGGCGAACCCUUGCUGCAUGAAGGGAACAUUGUUGGCAUGACAACGUCAGCAUCGUAUGGUUUCCAAGGAAACAAACAUGUUGCUAUGGCUACAGUCGAGCUUCCUGACGAUGACGUAAGGCACAGAGACUUUGAGUUAGAAAUAGCCUCUAGAUCUUAUCCCGUUGAUGUUAGCUUUGUGAGUUUCGAAAAUGAGUGACUGGCUGUGACUUUCGUGGGGAAACUUUGCAGACAGCUUGAAUUCAAUAACCAUAAUCGAAAAUGAAAAAUUCGUUGUGAAAUAGUUUUUGGACCACAUUGAAUUAUCAUUACAUUAAUUAUUAUAAUUACAAUCGAACAGGAAUUUUUUCACUAUAGUUCCAUUGCGAUUGUGAUCUCGAAAUGAUUUUUAAACUAUAUUUAUAAUAUUGGAAAUAAAUUAGGAAUGUAUAUAAAUUAUUAGAUACAACUUUUUUAUAAUUACAUUUAAUUAUCAACAAAUCAGUAAAUUAUAUGAUUAACAACUGCCAAUUGUUUUGUUAAACGAGUUCCAAGCUCAAGAUCAAAAGUUUGAUAUAUAUCACAUAAUGACAUAAUCAAACUACUGUCGAGCUUAUUUAUGUAUGGCCUCAUCAGAUUACGUCAGCAUUUGUAAAUGUUGCGUCAGCAUUUGUAAAUGUUGCGUCAUUCUGCAUAUGACAUAUGACGCCAUAACAUGUGACAUCAUCAGGUGACGUCAUUUUAUGUCACUCAAUCCGAUGUAUGACGUCAUCGCGUAUCACCAUUACAUCUUACUCGUUCAUUCGCCAAAACUUUAUCAAAAAAGCGAACUUCUUAAGAAUCUAAGUUUAUUCUUUUUCCUCUCGUCAUAUUUCUUUCGCAUUUCAAUCGUCUUCAUUUUUGCAUCCUUCAACAUUUCCCGCUCUUCUUCCAAAGCUUGCGUUUCUUUUUCCAUCAACCAUUUAUCAUAACGACGCUUGGAAAUCUCUUGUCUUCCUUGUUUCGUUGUUUCAUCCUGUUUGAGGCUCGAGCUUUCGUUUUUCACGGCCGCCAUGUUGUUUUUCUCGCCAAGCCAUUCUUCGUACGUCUUUCCCCUUCGUUGUUCUUUUCUCUUGACUUCAUCCUCGGUCGCUUGUUGUCUCUCUAGCGCCAAAAUUUGAAGCUUUCGUAUAGUAUCUUGUUCCUUAUCUGUUAGCCAUACUUCGAAGGAUUUUCGUCGGCUUUCUUUACGUUUUGAUGGCUCUUGAACGGAUCGUUUCUGUCGGUUGAAAUUGUGCAAGACAUUUUCCCUUGCCAGAGUUCUGGAGUCGUCCAAAGAACGACUGCGCAGGCGCGGACGGAAGUCCUCGAAUUCGUCGUCAUCUGAGCUGGUGUUCGCUUUCUUUUCUGUGACGCUGUUGUUGAUGUCUUGAC